AUGGGACUUUUUCAAUUACUAAUACAGAAAUUUCAAUGCUUCAAGCAGAUCACAGCAGAUCACAAACCAACUAGGGACACUUUUGAGGAGCAAUUCACUGAGCUAUUCAAGACAAAUGGGAAUCGUGACUGGGGCGCUAUUCUUGAUUGUGUAAUCCCAGUUGUAACUGAGGAGAUGAAUAUGGAGCUGAUGAAACCGGUCUCGACUGAGGAGGUAAAUGAGGCGGCUUUCCAGAUGGGGGGCACUAAGGCCCCGGGGCUUGAUGGUUUCAAUAGAGUCUUCUACCACAAUUAUUGGGAGAUAAUUCGACAUGAAAUUUAG